AUGCCCUCAUUUCCCCCACGGCAAUGUUACGUAGAAUUGUCAGAUGUCAAAUUGGAUAAAUCCUUUAAAUUUGUUAAUAACACCGUCAUUCUGCAAUGUGGAGGCAGACGAAAAUAUGUGUGCUAUAUGUGUUUAAAGAAGUUCGAUUCGGCUUUUGAUUUGUACCGGCACAAAAGCAUUCAUGAUGAAAAUGAAAAUAUAGAAGACUAUACUCUGGAUUCUGAAAUAAAACGCAGGAAAUCCAAAUUUUCUCCAAAUAUAUCAAGUCAUAGUGUUGAUAAAAAUGACAGUCGUAAGAGAAGAAACAGUGCAUCCUCUAAACAAAGCGAUAAUACUGAUUCAUCUAAAAAGUUGAAACAUGAAUUAGUUAUACCGGAAAAUCAUUUAGUUAGUAAUAUUAUUUAUAAUACUGAAAACAUUAAUUAUUAUUAUACUGAAAAUGUCCCUAUAAUGCCAAAGUUACCUGAUAACCCUGAAUCUCUUAUUAACAAUAUAAUAACUGAAAGUUUGGUUAAUGAAAUUACAGAUGAGCAAGAAGUGUUUAUAUUUAAAGAUGAAGACAUAAAUGAAGAGGUAAUUAUUGAUUCGAAUGAGUGUAUUAUAGAGAACGAAGAAUUUAUUAAUAAAGAAAUAAUCGCAAAAACACCUAAUACUAUCGAAAAUGAAAUAGAUAAUGAAGUUGCAUCAAAACAUUGUGCGAUUGACAGCAGGAGUUCUGAGAAUAUUUUGAAACCAUUUGUUUCAAAUAUUUUUGACAAAAAAUUCAUUCAAUUGCCUAACCAAGCUGAAGAAAAUGUCGCUGAUUGGGCUGGUCACAUUAAUGAGAUUGAAUAUAUUAUAGAGGAUGAAGGAAAUGAAUUUACCAAUGUAGAUAUUAAAAAUACAACCAUUAAUAAAAAGAAUGAAAAAAUAGGUAAUGCAGUACGUGGUGUUAUAGAAAAACAUGAAAUAUUUAAAAGGAAUAAGACUUCUAAGCUGAAAAGCAGAACAAAAUUAUCUUCUGCUAAAAGAAUUAGUGAAUUGAAAAAUUCUAAUAAAAAUAGAAACAAUAAUCCAGCUGUGAUGAAAAGCAAGAAAAAAUUAUCUGCUUCUGCUAAAAGAACAAUUCUGAUAAACAAUUCCAAUAAAAAUAGGAAUAAUAAUCAACCUGUGUUUUGUCCAAUUACCGUUACAAAAAAAGCAGUCACUGAGUCGCCUCUUCGUACUAAUGCAAUUAAAUAUUUUGAAAAAAACGAAGAAAUAAUUACUAAUACAGUUACUAAUAUUAAAUCUGAGAAACAUGAAACGUUUGAUAAAUGUACUACUUCUAAAAAUAUCGCAAAACCUGGAAAUACAGUAAAAUCAACUAUUUCUGUUAAAAAUAUCAAUAAAAUGCUCAAACCGAUUAAUAAUAACAACGAAUCUGAAGUAACGUCAUGGUUAAAUUUUAAAUGUGUGACAUGUGACUUUUAUUUCGAAAUUUUUAAAAAAUUUGUCUACCAUAGCAACCACAAAAAAUCAUGUAUAUAUUACUGUAGCAUCUGCAAUAAGACAUUUACUUCUAAAGAAGAUAUGUGCGAGGAUAUGUGUCGACAUUUAUUUUCAUUUAAUUUCUUCAGUUGCGCUUAUUGUAAUAGCUAUUUCUUUUCCUUUGACUCUCUCAGAACACAUUUAAUAAGCGACCAUAAGUUUAGUAAGGAUAAAAUUACUCAUGAGGAUCUGUUGAACGUUUAUGGAAAGAUAGUAAAAUCGUACUGCCCAUCCGUAUACCUCUGUCAAAUUUGUUCCAAUAUUUUUGAAAGUAGAAAGAAUCUUCAAAUCCACAUGGAUACUCAACACGAAAUUAAACAGGUUCCCAGAAUUACAUCCAAAUAA